AAAUUGCAAAGGUUGAAGGAAAAGCUUGUAAUAUUCUCAUGGGUGAACGCACUGCUCUUAAUAUUAUUGCACGUUGCAGUUUUCGUCUUGUUGAGAAAUAUGGGAUGCUUAUUGGAGGAGCUGAUACACAUCGUAUGGAUCUCUCUUCCAUGGUAAUGCUAAAAGAUAAUCAUAUAUGGAGCCAAGGGUCAAUAACAAAGGCAGUCGAACGCGCUAGAAGUGUUAGCGGAUUUUCACUAAAGAUAGAUGUUGAAUGUCGUACCGAGGCAGAAGCUGAUGAAGCGAUUCGAGCAGGGGCAAAUGUGAUUAUGCUUGAUAACUUUAAUAGCGAAAAUUUAAAAUCUUGUGCCAAAUCAUUGAAAGAAAAAUGGGUAAAUAAAGAAUUUUUACUCGAAUCAAGUGGCGGAAUUACAUAUGAAAAUAUUACCGAAUUUUUUUGUCCUGAUAUUGACAUCUUAAGUUUGGGGUGUUUAUCUCAGGGAGUACCACAUGUAGACUUUUCUUUGAAGAUACAAAAGAAAACCAAUUAA